AGUUCCACCGCCGUCUUCCGGGCGCAACAUGCUCGCCCCACGCGGUGCGGUGCUCAGCGGUCGGCUGCCCAGCCGUGCGCGGUGGUCGGCAGUCUUCCGGGCUGCAGGAUGGACGUCGAGCCGGGCACACGGAGGACAUGGACAUGGUCACAGCCAUGACAAUAUGGAUCAUCCAGGUCACUUCUCGGAGCGUGAGCACCCGCUCUGGGCGCGCCGCGACUGGCACGAGCGGGCCUUCACCGUGGGCAUCGGAGGGCCGGUGGGCUCCGGGAAGACCGCCCUGACGUUGAAACUCUGCAUGGCUUUGCGGGAGAAGUAUAACAUCGGCGUGGUGACCAACGACAUCUUCACCCGCGAGGACGCGGAGUUCCUCACACGCAACGGCGCAUUGCCCAGCGACCGCAUCCGUGCUGUGGAGACGGGUGGCUGCCCCCACGCCGCCAUUCGAGAAGAUGUGAGCUCCAACCUAGCUGCUUGUGAGUCCUUGACCGAGCAGCAUGCUGGGGUUCAGCUGGUCAUUUGCGAGAGUGGCGGCGACAACUUGGCGGCCAACUUCUCCCGAGAAUUGGCAGACUACACCAUCUACGUCAUCGACGUGGCGGGUGGCGACAAGGUCCCCCGCAAGGGCGGCCCGGGUAUUACCCAGUCAGACCUGUUGAUCAUCAACAAGGUGGACUUAGCUCCUGCCGUUGGCGCAGACUUAGAUGUGAUGGAUCGAGAUGCCAAGAAGAUGAGGGGCAGCGGGCCCACCGUCUUUGCAGCUGUGAAGCAUGGAGAAGGCGUCCCGGAGAUCGUGGGCCACAUCCUGUCGGCUUGGUCCAUGGCCACCGGCGGCCAACUGGCCGAGUGAGGCCAUCGCUGGGACGAAGAGAUGUCAACUUGGAGAAAAGGGAAAUCAAAGGAGGUUGGCAUUGUAGAAAAAGGAGACAGUUAUUGAAUUAUGCAUAUAAAUGUGCGCAUUGUCAACAGGAGGAAUUAUUAUGUGCUAGCCACACAAAUGAUGAGUUAUACAGUUGAUGAAUUAUUAUGAUGCAUAUAAAUGUGCUAGCCUGCAUGGUCAACAGGAGGAAUGAUUCUGCGCCGUAGAGAUGGUUGAUAAACCAAGGUAACCAAUGUGUUU